GCAUGACGCGACUGGCCAAGCUCCAUGCUCUUUGUUUCAACUCCACCCUCUGCCUCCUACAAUCCUACGAUCUUUCUACCUGAACCACCGCCUGCUUUCUCCGCUGAUUCUCUACACCUCUAGCCCUCCCAUCGCGCACGCCCUCCCCUCCACCGCCCGCCAUGGCCUCGCUCCCGCCCCGCCCAGCGUCGCAGCGGAGAUCGUCACCCCGCGACCAAGGCUCCAGCGCCGACGCGCGCCACGACAGCGAAUCCUUCUCCGCAGCCUCGGUCGACUCCGAGACUCUCUUCCUGAACAGCACGCAUGCCUCGAAGUCGCAAUCGCAGGCUCAGCCCGCCCCGGCGCCGCCGCACAACGAAGACGAUGACCCGCGCAAGUGCUGGAUCUGCUUCAACGAUGAGACCGAGGACAUGCCCGGCGCCUCGGAAUGGCGGAAUCCAUGUCCCUGUGCCCUCGUCGCGCACGAAGACUGCUUGCUCGACUGGGUUGCGAGCCAAGAAGCGCCAAAUGUGCGGAGACAGGCCGGCCGAGGCUCCAAGAUCACCUGCCCCCAGUGCAAGCAUGAGAUACAUCUGAAGCGGCCGCGGAGCCUGGUCGUCGAUAGCGUCAGGGCGAUGGAGCGGCUUUCGGGCAUAUUCAUACUGCCCGGCACUGUUGGUGUGCUGGGAUAUACCGUCUACCAGGCAUGCUUCAUGCACGGCGUCAGCACCGUCUACGCGCUGUUCGGCCUGGAAGACGGCUACCGCAUCCUCCAGCCUCUGCACGAAGCGCCGUCUAUGGCGCGGGGCCGCGCCUAUGAAUCCGUCGCUCUGGCCGCGGUAUCCCGCUUCUUCCAGCACGCCCGACUGCACUUUGGGCUUUCGGCCAUUCCGCCAAUCCUCGUGGCCUCCCGUGUGUCGAUCGCUGACAGCAUCCUCCCCAUCCUGCCAGUCAUAUUUCUUGCCUCAUCCUCAGGUUCUGACCAGAUGCUUGGUCUAGGCCACUGGCCGCCCAGCGCCGCGCUCUCCUUCUCACUACUGCCCUACAUCCGCGGCGCCUACAACACGUACAUGGAGAAAGUAUGGGGUGAGCGGCAGCGGCGCUGGCUAAAAGAAGUACAACCGCGCGCCGGCGAGGCAGACGCCGAAGCAGGCGAAGGCGGUGGCGCGGGUGGUGCUGCCGGCGCCGGCGACGACGACGCCCUCAACAUGGAGGACGACGGCGACGACAUCUUCGACAUCCAUGUCAACUUCGACAUCAUGGACGACCUCGCCGACCACCUACCCGGCGGGUGGGCGCCGCGUGGGCGCGCGCACCCCCUCGACGCACCCCCUCUCCCUGACGACCACGUCAACGCUCACGUGCGCGAGCACUUGCACGACCAUGACCACGACCACGCCCACGCUGCACCAGCGCCAGACCCGCCGCGCGCGCAGCAGCCUCAGCCCGAGCGCCGCAACCUCGUCUUCCAGACGACAAACGUAGCCGACACGGUUCUCGGCGCGCUAGUGUUCCCGUACAUUGCGGCGGGUGUAGGCGAGCUGCUGAAGCUCAGCCUGCCGAAAGCGUGGGUGACGGCGCCGGCGGGAGGCGCGCGCGCGACGGGCCUGCUGCAGAGCCGAUGGGCGCGGAGCUUGCUGGGCGGGUGCUUGUUUGUGGCGGCCAAGGACGCGGUGCUGCUUUAUGUGAAGUGGAAGAUGGCACGGAAUCAUCGGAAGAGGAGAGUGCUGGAUUGGGAUAAGAAGAGGGGUGUUGUUGUGGAUAAUACGAGGGGGUUGUGA